GCUUUUUCGCUACUGUCAUCUCUUUAAACCCACAAUCACCACCGAUUCUCUGCAACCCAAACACACCUCCAUUUCUCGAUCAACAAAGUACAGAUUGAAUCAACCAAGAAAAAUGGCGACGAAGAAGAGCGUCGGAUCGUUGAAGGAAGCAGAUCUGAAGGGGAAGAGAGUUUUCGUGAGAGUGGAUCUGAACGUGCCGUUGGACGAUAACUUCAACAUCACCGACGAUACCAGAAUUAGGGCCGCCGUACCAACUAUCAAGUACUUGAUCGGAAACGCCGCUAAAGUUAUCCUCUCCUCUCACCUCGGGCGUCCGAAAGGCGUGACACCAAAGUACAGCUUAAAGCCGCUUGUGCCUAGACUAUCCGAACUUCUUGGACUUGAGGUCAAGAUGGCUAAUGAUUGUAUCGGUGAAGAAGUUGAGAAGUUGGUGGCUGGAUUACCUGAGGGUGGUGUUAUUCUGCUCGAGAAUGUUAGGUUUUACAAAGAAGAGGAGAAGAACGAGCCAGAGUUUGCAAAGAAGCUUGCAUCCCUCGCAGACUUGUACGUUAACGAUGCCUUUGGAACUGCACAUAGAGCUCAUGCUUCAACCGAGGGUGUUGCCAAAUACUUGAAGCCUUCUGUUGCUGGUUUCCUUAUGCAGAAGGAGCUGGAUUAUCUAGUUGGAGCUGUGUCCAAUCCCAAGAAGCCAUUUGCUGCCAUUGUCGGUGGCUCAAAGGUUUCCAGCAAGAUUGGUGUUAUAGAGUCAUUGUUAGAGAAGGUAGAUGUACUUUUGCUCGGUGGAGGGAUGAUUUUCACCUUCUACAAAGCACAAGGACUUGCCGUGGGUUCGUCACUUGUGGAGGAAGACAAGCUUGAUCUUGCUACUUCACUAUUGGAGAAAGCCAAGGCAAAGGGUGUCUCUCUCUUACUUCCUUCUGAUGUAGUCAUCGCUGACAAGUUUUCUCCUGAUGCUAACAGCAAAAUUGUACCAGCAUCCGAAAUUCCCGAUGGCUGGAUGGGACUAGAUAUCGGCCCAGAUAGUAUUAAAACAUUCAGCGAAGCUUUGGACACUACCAAGACAAUCAUCUGGAACGGACCAAUGGGUGUGUUUGAGUUCGAGAAGUUUGCAGCUGGAACAGAGGCUAUUGCCAAGAAAUUGGCUGAACUUGGUGACAAGGGUGUGACGACAAUUAUCGGAGGAGGUGAUUCAGUUGCCGCUGUUGAGAAGGUUGGUCUGGCGGAGAAGAUGAGCCAUAUUUCGACCGGAGGUGGUGCCAGCUUGGAACUUCUCGAAGGGAAACCACUUCCGGGAGUUCUUGCCCUUAAUGAUGCUUGAGCAAAGUCUAAAUGAUUGCUUAAGCAAAUGUUAAUUGUUGCUUUAAGCGAACUGUUGCUUCUAUGGCUCAUUUUUUGCCUGUUUUUCGCAGUUGUGUUUUUAGUCUCGUUUUUUACCGGGGUGUAUUGCGUAAUAGAACUGGGUUUUGUAGAGUGGUGGAUCAAAUAUUCAAUAAGCGCUACUACCGUGACUUUUGAAUGGCAAUAAUAAAUUCUCCAUUUUGUUUAUCGA